AAAUUCCACUUCACCCUCCUCGAGCAAGAUUGCCUGCUUGUCUCCGUCUCCAGCAUGCGUCAACGUGGUUUCAAAUUCCAAGUGUGUGGCGCCAUUUGCCCAAGUCGGAGAGAACAUCAGCGUCACCUCCAGAAAUUCAACCACUGGCCCAGUGAUUGUAGACGCUGCGCAAGAACCUUUCCUUCAGCCGAAGGUCUCCAUGACCACGAAGUAUCCUUCCACAACUACUGCCGAGAGUGCAACCGGUCUUUCCCAACCCUCCAAUCGAUCAAGACGAUCGGCCCGUCAUCGCGGGAAACAAGCCAGCUGCCCUUUCUGCGACCGACGCUAUACAUACGCCGCAGCAGUUGCUGGUCACCUCGAGCCAGGCCGUUGCCCUCGAGCGCCCGGAUUGAACCGAGAUCAGACUUACCGAUUUGUCCGAGACAAAGAUCCAUUCGGAGUCAUCACCAAGAAACUGAUCGGGUGGAAAGACUCAUGCUGGAACGGACGCGCGUACCAGUGCAAUCUCUGCCUGAAUGAAUUCAACAGUCUCUAUGCCCUUUCGCAGCAUGUCAACUCCCCAAGGCGUAAGUA